AUGUCUCCCAGCCGUCCGUCGACCCUCCGUCGCCCUCAGACACGGUCCGCCGCCGGACACCCAACAACCAGCCCGACUGAGACGAAUUCGAGAUCAACCAGCGGGCUUCCUGGCAACGUUUUGGACUCUGCCCGAGGAGACCGAGACAAUGUACCGAUCCUGCCAACAGGGAACAACCCUGGUGCGAGGCCAAGUAUCGUCCGACUGCAUGACAGCGCGACUGAGCCUACACCGGGAUAUAGCAUAGUUGGUGGGAAUGGGACUUUGGACGAGACCGAGGACGACAAUGUGCAUGUCGUAGGACCCGUCCUAGCCAACGAUAAUGAGGUCCUCGAGCCGUACCUAUCGGCCAUUCCAGAGGCUGGUCGCUAUCGAAAGAGCAUCUGCACCGACUCGUCCCGCAUGGCACGGCCUGUGCUGUUCACAACAAUGUCACGGCGUCCACUUGGUGUCACUAAGAACCAGACAUUGUCCGCCGCCAAGUGCGAAGUCAUUGAAAAGCUGCUUGAGCCACACUGUCAAGCUAUCGUUCAACGGUAUCUGGAACAAGCCAACAUAUGCAUGCCAAUGUUCGAUGCCGCCCAGCUGUUGGACGUCUACACGAACGAGAAGGAAAAGAUCUCCCCGGCCUUGCUCGCCAACUUGUACGCAAAUGCCUUGAUAUAUUGGAGAGUAUCACCAACGGCUCUACUCCCCACAGACUCUUUAUCGAAAUGUCCUGAUGGAAGGUUUGUAUGGGUACAGGCUCACGAAGCUCUCCAUUCCGAAACAUUUCUUGCCCCAGGCAUCUCUACGGUGAUGGCGUUACUGUUGAAUAUUGGUGGUAGGCCCAGUACAUCACCCUUCAACAACGCCGGCAUGAUGGGGACCGCCGUCGCUCUUGCCCAUGCCCUUGGGCUUAAUCGAGAUCCCUCAAAGUGGCAGCUCCAUAACGCAGAGAAAGAUAUGCGCGUCCGAAUCUGGUGGCAGGUUGUUUUACAAGAUCGUUGGUGUAGCCUGAGCUACGGUACUCCUCCACAGAUUCGGUCAUCACAAUAUGAUGUUGCCUUACCAACGAUUGAGGCAGUAUCCGCGAGACCUGAGGGCCUGCCCAGCGCUACAAUCUACAUCACACUCCUAACCCUUACAGAGGAACUCGGCUACCUCCUUGAACAUGUAUACGACCUGCGAUCAAGCCCAUCGACAGUGACGGUAGAUGGCUCAACCGAUGUUCUGGAGAGGCGGCUUGGUUCAUGGAAAGACCAACUCAGCGGUGAUAUGCGCGCCAUUGUCCUGCGCGGCAUGAGGCUCGAGAUAGCUGGUGCAGCAAACCUACGUCUUGCCUACUUGGCCACGGAGCUCCUGCUUUGCCGAAUUUCUCUCGACCUUGACAAGGAAACCACGGACUCUCAGUUGGCGGGAAACUACCACCACAUCCGAGCACGGCGAGCAGCCGAAGAUAUCGUUAACUUCAUUCAUAGCCUCAAGGAGACGCAUAUCUGUGGUUUCUGGAUGCCACAGCAUGGCGCGUCCCUGACAUCGGCGACUGCAUUCAUCCUCAGGGUUGCGGUGCGGUCCAUAUCUGCAGGCGACUAUGUCGACGGCAACGCUUCGCUGAAUAUGGCCAUCAGAAUGAUGGGAACUCUACGACACUUUCAGGAGAUUUUCCGAUGGGACAUUGCUGAUCACUGCAUUGCCCAAUAUGGAGAACUCGUAGAUCGGAUGGCGAGUAUGAGACAUAUCGGUGACAGCACUCAAAACAGCCAUCGUGCCAGCAUGAUGUCUACUACCGACUCCUUCGUUGCCCAUUCGAUUGAUCUCCCGAGUCUGGAGCUCGAUUCAAUGUUUCCAAGUCUGUGGGACAUGUUCGAAGCUUGA